AGAAUGGCCUAGGGGGGAAAACUGCUCUGAUCUGAUAGUAGCGUACGCUGUUCUAAUGGCAACGUAGGUCUUGCAUACACCUACGAGGACCAAAUAUCAUCGCGUUAGUUCCUCUCAGAUCUCGACUGUAACCAUUCCCCGCCUCCCGUCUCCAGUGAAAGAUGGUAUCGCGCUUGAGCCCGUCUGUCGGCACCGCUCUGGACCCAUCUCCUCUGUACACGUCGGUCCGUCCUUCAGCUCGCAUAGUCAUCAGCAGCACAGGUUGUUUUCACAGCAAGCUCUGUGAUUUCAAGUCGAACACGUCAUCGAAUUCACUCGCGGCUUCACGCGCAGAUACCCCAGUCACAGCCACACCAGCAAGUGCUAGUUGCCUUUCGUAUCAGAUUAAGUUUCUGUCAGAAGGAGGCCUACUAGCAGCAGGCUCGAGAACAUAUUAUAGGCGGUGCUGCCUGUCGGGCUCGCGUAUCAGGGAAGGCCAACAAAGAAUGGCGGGUUCUAUUCGACCAGCGGCUAGAUCUGCCGCAGGGGUGAGCCAUGAAGCCGAGGAGGAACAAGCCGACGGGUCGGAAGUCAUAUUCUACACGCACGGCUUGUGUCCGUACGCGCAGCGAGUGGCGCUGACGCUCGAGGAGAAGGGCGUGAACUACAAGAGCGAGCACAUCGACCUCUCCAACAAGCCGUCAUGGUACUUCUCGGUGAAUCCGCGAGGCCUGGUGCCUGCGGUGGCUGUGAACGGCCAGGUGGUCACAGAGAGCACUGACAUCUGCAGGUUCCUGGACCAGAACUUCCCCUCGGGGCCUCUGGUGCCAUCAGACGCGGAGAGCAGCACAGCCAUGAACAGCCUCAUGGGCAAGGCCGACUCCAUCAUCCAUGCUGUGAGGCCUCACAAUGGUUGCUGGGUCGAAUCGCAUGUGGGCUAUUGACACCAACAGCAUCCGCAAAGGAGGGGGGAAUGCACGGGCCCAAGCCGAGUGGGGCAGAGCGCUAGACCUUGUGGAAGAGGCUGUUCGCCAAUCACAGGGGCCGUUCCUAAUGGGUGAAAACCUCUCUCUGGUUGAUGUGGUGCUGUUCCCCUUCCUUGCUCGCUUCCAAUUGGUGGUCGAAGGAAUCAGAGGCGAGAUUUUCGCUCCUGACCAUCCUUUGGUUAGCCAAUGGUUGGCUACCAUGUGGCAGCGGCCAUCUGCACGGCGCACGUUUCCUGACAAGGAGCGGUUUUUGCUGGCUCUCAAGCAGUAUGCGAGCCUGGAUUACUUUGACUUCCACUCCGCCUCGCUCGAGGACCCAGUUCCUAAGUACUGGGUUUAGGUCAGGGCUGUGCGUCGACUUGGCGCACUGCUACUCUGGAAGAUCCAGUUCUUCAGUAUUGGGUUUGGUCAGGUCUGUGCGUCAAUGCAUUGAAUCCACUUGUAAAAUGCGA